UUUAAACCUUAUUUGAACACAUUAGUAUCGAAAUCAAAACUGUUGAAUAUAUGAUACUGUUGUUGGUGUUUCUGGCUGUGGUGGCAUCGCAGGAUGUUUUACCUCGAUCCUGCCUCGAUAUCCAGUCCGCAUCAGGGGUCUACGAAAUCUAUCCCGAGUAUGGUUUCGGUAAACCAAUUGACGUGUACUGUGAACAGAGUGCUGAGAAUGGGGGAUGGAUUGUGAUUCAAAACCGUUUCAAUGGUUCAGUUCAUUUCUAUCGAGGCUGGAAAGAUUACGAGAACGGAUUUGGCGAUUGGCGCGGUGAAUUCUGGCUGGGUUUAAAAUCGAUUCAUCGGAUCACGUACUCCCAGCAGUAUGAGUUGCUUAUCCAGCUGGGAGAUGAAAGUGAUAAAAUAUCGCAUGCCAGGUACGCUCAUUUCGUGAUAUCCGGCCCUGAAGAUUCAUAUGCCCUCAAAAAUUUGGGAAAGUACUCGGGGACUGCAGGUGAUUCACUUACUUAUCAUAAAAAUUAUCCAUUUUCGACAAUGGACAGAGAUAAUCGUAAAAAUGAAUGUAAGCAUUACAAAACAAAUUGUGCAGUCAAGUUUCAAGGCGCUUGGUGGUAUGCUUGUUGUCAUCAUAGCAACUUGAAUGGAUUAUACCUGGUGGGGAAACAAAAAGAAUAUGCAACAUCGAUAUGUUGGAUGACAUCCAAAGGAUAUUACUAUGGAUUCAAAACGUCGAUAAUGAUGAUUCGUCCUAGGGCAUCCACGAGUAAGUAAAUUAAGAGUAGGCAAAUCGGGUAGAAAAAUGCGCAGAGCAAGCACCAUCAGUAUUAAGCAAACAUGUUUUGACAUUUCUGAAAAUGCUAGUCUGUUCUAUUUUUGUGCAUUUCCCAGUAAGGGUAAGAAGGGCAAUAUGAGAAAAAGAUGGCUAAUGAACAACUGAAAUGGUCAAAUCAGAUUGAUCGAAAUCGCCAAAUAAAUCUGAAAUAAGGAGUAUAACAAAAGGUGGAGAAAAAAAUGAAUUCCAAUAAAAAGUUAAUAUACUGGAACCUAUAAAAAA